AUGCAAAUAUUAUGGCAGUAUAUAGUUGGUGUACUGACACUCUGCGUCGUUCUGUUGUUUUGGAUACGAGAACAGCGCGCGCGCAGACGUUUCGCAGGAUUAUCCAGUUAUCCUCUUCUGCCGUUUAUUGGAAAUAUACACCAGAUCUUUGGUGAUAGUAAAGCAUUGUUCCGUCACAUAGCGCAUGUAUCUGAGGUUUGCGAGAACAAUGAGAGCGGAAUGUUUGUAAUAUGGAUUGGCCACUGCCCCUUGUUAGUUGUACAGGAUCCAGAGGACGUGCGAACAAUAACUAAUGCCUUCGUGGAGAAGCCGUAUAUCUACAGUUUUGGCAAAAUAUGGCUCGGAGAUGGACUUGUUACAGCACCUGUUUCAACGUGGAAACAGAAUAUAAGAAAGUUGGCUGGCACUUUCAGUUCAUCAGUGGUAGAUAGUUAUUUGGGUGUAUUUAAUGCACAAGCUAAAAAACUGGUCGAUAAUCUGCUGAUGGAAGUCGGGCAGGAACCUUUUGAUAUAAUGCAAAAGUAUUUAGCAUAUACUACGCUGGAGGCCAUUUGCCAAACUGCAUUAGGAGUGUCAAAAAUAUCCGAAAAUAUUGUGACAACGGAAUAUUAUGUAGCAUUCAACCGAUGUCUAGAGCUGCUUGUCAAUAGAGGAAUGAACGCCUUCGUGCAUCCAGACUUCACAUACAAGUUAACUCCAAAAUACCAGGAGAUAAAGAAAUGUGUUAGGGUACUGCAUAACGUUUCUGACACAGUCAUGAGGAAAAGGAAGUAUGAGCGUGAGAAACUAAGGACAGAAGAAAUGAAAGAAAAGAAGACUGGUGAUACAGAAGGACCGAAAUUCAAGGCAUUCCUGGAUAUUUUGUUAGAUUUGAGAGAGAUAGACCCUAGUCUUACGGAGCAACAGAUCAAGUCAGAAGUGGACACGAUCAUAGUGGGGGGACAGGAGACAGUUGCCUCUACGAUGUUUUAUACUCUGCUUCUCCUUGGUUGUAAAACAAGAGUGCAGGAAAAGGUGUACGCGGAAAUGAAAUCUAUAUUUGGCGACAGCACCCGUCCAGUGACAAAAGAAGAUCUUUCAGAGAUGAAAUAUCUUGAAGCAGUUAUUAACGAGACGUUACGUAUGUACCCGCCUCUGCCAGGAGUCUUACGGUAUGCAGACAGGGAUUUACAGAUAAAAUCGUUCACGAUCCCUAAAGGCACUAUAUGUGCUAUAAACGGCUGGGGUGCAGGUCGGUCUGCCAGCGUUUGGGGGAAGGACUCUGCUUUAUACCGCCCUGAACGAUGGCUGGAGGACCAGCCUCCUGGGAAUACUGCUUCGUUUUUAGCUUUCAGUUACGGCAGAAGAGCCUGCAUAGGUAAAAAAUACGCUAUGGCGAUCCUAAAGACAGUGAUAUCACAAUGUGUGAGAGAACUGGAGUUUAUUUCGGAAGCAGAUAAUAUGCAAUUUAAGGUGGAUAUUGGGCUGCGCCCCACAUGCGGACAUCUCAUACAAGUACGAAGAAGAGAGUCUCUACAGAAGUAA